AUGAACCUGGUUAGUUGUCUCACCGGCCUACUCAAGCUUGGUAACACCAUUGGCUACUUUGUCGAUGAAGAGACACUCGACUCGGUGUGUGAGGAAGUAAGCACGCUCCUUGACAUGCCUGCGGAUCUUCUCCGCCAAAAGCUUGGAACGAACGAGCGCGAAAUUGCCAUUGGCGGCAUCUACGAGGCCAUUGUCGACUAUGUGCUGGCCCACGCAAACGCCGCAAUCAAAGAGGAAAUCACUGCUGCCAAACGAGGCUUCUCUUCAGCCAAUAGUGAUGGCAGUGGCGCCAUGACACCCGUGGACUCGGACGAUGGAGACAUUGUGAACAUCACCGUUGUUGAAAUUCCAAGUCGUGCGCUCGGCAAGGCGAUUGCCCUCCGAACCGUUUUCGAUGACAGCGAAGGCAUCAAUGCUGAGAUGCGGGACGACGGUGUGCCAGUGCCUUCAGCCGGCAACUCGGUUCUCGAGACUAUGCGUGAAGCUUUACUCAACUGCGCGCCAGAGCUCGGCAUCAGUGGACCCGGUCACACCGCAAAGGAGGCCGAUCUUGAGAAGCGUGAAGCUGUGCUUGACAAGAUUGCUCUCGAGACCCCUGAGGAGGACCAUUUUUUGCGACAGGUGCUAUACCCAGUUCAAAACAAUGGUAUUCUGUUGGGAAAACACGGCCGCUUCGAUCUCGCUAUGACGGUAGCUAGUAGCCGUGUCUGGUUUCAGCUCGCUCUCCACCCCACUGAUUCCAUCCCCACCUCGAUCAAUCAAGAUCUCAACUCCACCUGGCAAGCCGGCGUGGUUUCUCGGCAACUGCGAGAAUGGCGCCUGCCUGAAUGGGCAAACCGUCGGAACCGCUGUCUCGACUUCACAGCGGACUUUGAUCAUCAUGAAUUCUUCGAGCGAUAUCAAGCAUUGGGAUGCAUGGAUGGCAAAGAAGGCAUCCAGAACUGGAUUCUUCAACGUGGCUGGAGUAACGGAGAAGUGGUCGUCGGCCACGAGCGAGUUUGGGUGCGAGAAGGUACCUGGUGGGAGGCAGAGUCACAGCUCGACCUCAAGCAAGGUGACAUGGGCGCCUCCCCCAGCAUGUUAGGCCAGAUGAUUGGAGCGGGCGGUAUGGAGAGUGGCUAUCCUGUUCAAAAUCCUACUGCCAGCGCUUUCUUUCCCCCCCUACCAGAGAUGAGGAGCGCAACACCAAGCCAGAACCCAUUCCAAAGCUCGGCCAGCUUGGCUGCACGAAGUGCCAUGGACGCCAAAUCGAUGGCGCCCACCACGAUGACCGCCCCUGUUGCACAGGGACCCGGUGACUACGGAUUGGGCGCUAAAGGUGAUGAGAACAAGGGGGUUACUUACUACGAUACCGAAUCUGGUGGCAAUGCUGUUGUGACCGAGUCGCCCAUCAACGCGAGCCGCAAGAUGUGGGUUGGUUUUGUUUGGGCCGUAACCUUCUGGAUCCCCUCACCACUAUUGAAAUGGGUCGGCCGCAUGAAGCGACCUGAUGUCCGCAUGGCAUGGCGAGAGAAGUUCGUCCUUGUUCUCCUCAUACUACUUCUCAAUGGCGCUAUCGUAUUCUACAUCGUCGCAUUCGGUAAAUUGCUAUGUCCUAACAAGGACAAGGUCUGGAGUCGCAAGGAAGUAUCUCAACAUCAAGGUGAAAACGACUAUUACGUCAGUCACCAUGGUAGUGUGUACGACUUGUCGUCUUUCUGGAAGAAGCAACACAGUGACUCCAACACCGAGGCCACCCGCGAACGCAUGAUGGGCAUGGCGGGUGCAGACAUGGACCCAUAUAUCGUACCACCACUGUAUCUCGCAUGUCCCAACCUGAUUCCCGACACCAUCAACAACCGCGCCAUGGAACUUUCAUCGAAUGAGACGCUUGAGGACGCUUGGGCCAUCCACAAGUCUGGAUCACGUACCAACUUGGCAGAUAGCAACGCUCUCAAGCAAGAAGAUUGGUAUCCUAAUAAAUUCAUCCCGGCUAUGAAAGAGUUCCGAAAGGGCGACCUUGUCUGGGAGACCAAGACGAUCAAGCAAGAGGGCGAAGAUUUCAAUCGCAUGUGGUUUACCCUGGGUGACAAAGUCUACGAUUUGACAGACUAUUUCAAGACUCUGGACAUGAUGAACAAUUUUCAACAAUAUCAGUUCCUUGACCCGAAGCUCAUCGACAUGGUGAAGAGCAAUGCUGGAUCAGACCUUCAAGAAGAAUAUACGAAUCAGCUUAACCAGACAGCACAGGCAUACAAUCUGCAAUGUCUGGAGAACCUGUUCUUCAUUGGCAAGACUGAUUUCCGCAAAACCGCAAAAUGUCAAGUCAACGACUACAUCUUGCUGGCUGUCACCAUUAUUCUCUGCACCGUUAUUGUCGUCAAGUUCUUGGCUGCCCUUCAACUAGGUUCACGCAAACGUCCUGCAAACCAAGACAAAUUCGUCAUCUGUCAGGUACCAGCUUACACCGAGGGAGAGGACCAAAUCCGAAAAGGUCUUGAUUCGCUCACUGCACUCGCCUAUGACAACAAGCGUAAGCUCAUUUGUGUCGUGUGUGACGGCAUGAUCGUUGGAGGUGGUAACGAUCGCCCAACGCCGAAAAUCGUUUUAGACAUCCUUGGUGUUGACCCCAAAGUUGACCCUCCUGCCUUGCCCUUUUGGUCAGUCGGCGAAGGAAGUCAACAACUGAACUACGGCAAGGUCUACUCUGGUCUCUAUGAGUUUGAAGGCAAUGUCGUUCCCUAUGUCGUUGUUGUCAAGAUGGGCAAAGAGUCAGAACAGCACAAAUCGAAGCCAGGUAACCGAGGCAAGCGCGACUCACAGAUUCUGUUGAUGAGCUUCCUCAACCGCGUUCACCACCGUUCGGCAAUGAACCCUCUCGAGUUGGAAAUGUUCCAUCAGAUCAACAAUAUCAUCGGUGUAGAUCCAGAGCUAUACGAGUACCUCCUCAUGGUAGACGCCGAUACGAUGGUCAGGCCUGAUGCUCUCAACCGUCUGGUGGCAAGUUGCGCCAACGAUUCCAAAAUUGCCGGAAUUUGCGGCGAGACGAGUCUGGAGAACGAAGAUAAGUCUUGGUGGACCAUGAUUCAAGUCUAUGAAUACUACAUCUCCCAUCACUUGUCGAAGGCCUUCGAGAGUUUGUUUGGGAGUGUCACUUGUUUACCUGGAUGGUAG